AUGUCGAUCAACUGGGGCGUGACUGAUAUCUUGGCUAUUGCCAAGUUAUCUUGGGAUCUGUAUCAUGGCUGCUAUCUUGUCGCUCGCGGGGCGCCAGACGAGUUCAGAAUGCUCGUCAAUGAGCUUUGCUCCCUCCAGGGUGUGCUUCGAAGUCUGAGAGACGACAUCAGCUCGGACAAGUCCUAUCUCGACAGAUUGGAUGAGAACAGGAAAGAGACGCUUGAGAAAUGUCUACAGUCAUGUGUCAUGACACUGCAAAAGCUGGAGAAAUUGACGAACAAAUAUCGAAAGCUCGGUAUCGGAGACGGGCCACAGUUUUGGACAAAGUUCAAGUGGACGACGAAGCAGAAGGAGAUCGCGCAAAUCAGGAACAACAUCAUGGUUCAUACUUGUAACUUGAGCCUUUGUAUGAGCUCAAUUGGCAACUCCUCUCUCGCCCGUAUUGAGAUGUCGAUGGAGAGAGCGCUUGAAAGGCAAGGAUCGGUCAAUGCUGGCCAGUCAAAGGAGGUUCAAGAACAAGACAUGGAAGACGAGGGAGAUGAUGAGCUCCUACCCUUGAAGAAGACUUCUACUGGGUCCAUCGAGCGCUCACGCUCUGCUGAUGGCGAUGGGCUAGGAAUCGGAAAAUUAACACAUCAGCUCACUGGAUCCACGCUCGUCGAUAGUCACAACAUGUCUCCUGAUGCUACUCCAUCGCCUGGCGAGGAUGACUCUCGGCAGCUAGGCUCCCCCCAAGAUCGGGAAAUGGUGCUCCUGCCAUGGGAAGGAUGA